GCUCUUGACAAUUUACUACCAAAAGCAGUGAAAUUUUCCUUCUCAAAACACAAAAAUAGUCGCUCGUAUUUUGUAAUCAUCCUGAUAGAUUUUUAUCCCCUCAAUGGGUGAUUUAGGAUAAAUUUGAGGAAUUUCUUAAUCUUCCUCAAUUUGUUUUACAACACAUUAGCACUCUUUUUCUUUUUAACAAUUCCUCCAACGCAGAAGAAUUGGUGUAUUGCCGUGUGUAAUUUUUAUUUGCAGGCUUUCUCUUUGUGCUAUUGUUGAAAAUAAAAUUUAUUAAGAAAAAAAAUAUUUCCCCACAUUCUGCUAUCAGUUGUGAUAAGAAAAUGCGCAAAUUGUUGCAAUGUUGUUUUGGCGUUGGAUGUUUUCUCAUUAUAGGAUUCUUAACGGUGGACGUAAGCGCAACAAAUGAAGAUCAUUCGUGGGAUAUUUUAAUUUUCACGCAACAAUGGCCACAGACUGUGUGUCAUCAGUGGAAGAAAGAGGAUCGGAAGCACAAUUGUCGAAUGCCCUCAACUCGCAAUCUUUGGACAAUCCACGGUAUCUGGCCGACAAAAUACAACGAAAUGGGACCCUUUUUCUGCAACUCCUCAUGGACAUUUAAUGUGAGCUACAUUGCCCCCAUUGAGAAUCAAUUGGAAAUUUUCUGGACGAAUGUUGAGAUCAGGAGUGAUCUGUAUGACCUCUGGAGGCAUGAAUGGGAAAAACAUGGAACAUGUGCAUCCGUUCUCCCUGAGCUCAGCACGGAAAUUCUCUACUUUCGUCAAGGCCUGCAAUGGCUCAAUCACUACUCCAUGUCCACAAUUCUGGCAAAUUCAAAAAUUCUCCCAGAUUCCACACCAACCGUUGAGGACAUUCACACAGCAGUUGUCAGUCAACUUAACCGAAAUCCCGUCAUUCACUGUACCUACGACUCACGACGCCAGGAGAUUUUCCUGGAGGAAAUUCGUAUUUGUUUCAACAAAUCCCUCGAGCUGACUGACUGUGAUGGCGUUGUUGGGAAAUUUUAUCCAACCCAUACGUAUUCAGGGGGGAAAAUUAUCACAAAUUGCGACCCAUCGAAGAAUAUCCUCUACCCAAGUAUUGUUCCUGAUCUAAUGGAGAGACUACCACCAACAAGAGGAGAUUUUGGGGAUUCAUGGUCACGAUUCCCACUCGUAACUAUCUACAAAAUCAUUCAAUUUAUAAAAUGGGCCACAUUUUAAGUUUGCUGCAUCCCAUUUUGUAGCUGAUGUUGGCUACAAAUCUUUUUACAUUAAUUCCCUUAAUUUUGGAUGUUACACGGAUUUUACAAGAUUUUAUUUUUAGUAUUCUGCUGGCAAGAACUAGAAGAUUUUUUUUAAUUUGCAAAAACAUUAAAAUAAAAAGGAUCUUCUCAGAGCUUUCAAUUACGAAAAAAAUAUUAUCAAGUUGAUCUCAGAAAAUUUCUAACCCAUUGGCAUUUAAGGUAUAACUACUGAAAGCUUUGGUAAAACCUAACUUGACUCAACAAUAAAUUCUUAACACAAUAAAAACGCUCAAAAAAACGCAUAAAGUUUCCAAAAUCAUUUAUUUAGUUUAUCAAGCUUUUGUAUAAAAAAAAUCAACAUUUAUUUAAAAAUAUUUUUGAUAACUUGAAUAAAUUAAAUACAUAUUAUAUUGUUGAGUCAUCAAACCUUCUAGCUUUAGCAGUUUUGUCACCAAGAUACUAAAAAAUAUUAUUCUAAAAUCUUUGUAACACAGAAGUUACAGAGAAUUAAAUUACAAAGAUUCAUUUUAUAGGAAAAAGAAAGCCUAACUUUAUGAACUUUUCCUACACAUAGAAAUUGUUUUGCGUAUCAAUAGAGAAAAAAACACAAUUGUAAAUAAAUUGAAAAUUUGAAAAUUGUAUAAAUUAAUUUCCUAAAAUAUAAGUUUUAUUUAAUAGAAAA